AUGGCCUGCGAGGUCGCGAGUUGGAUUCCGAGCGCGGUGGCGGCGACACUGCGCGCCGAUCGCUCCGCGCUGCCGGUCAUCGACUGGCUGGGCGCGAUCCGCGACUCCACCGAGGAGUACGACCCCUUGGUGACCGUGCGCCCGCCCUCCCCGGAGUCCGACUCUGGCGAAUCGGAGUGCGCCUUCGACGAGAUCCUCUCCCACCUAGGGAAGGAGAUAUACAAGCUGGACGAGUACCAGAGGAACCUCGUGCCGGCGGAGGAGGUGUCGUUGAGCAUCCUCAACAUCUUCGACGAGUGCUUACAGGAUAUGGACACAGGCCGCGACAUGGGUGACAGUGAAGUGCGCAGUGACUGUGAAACUGUUGACCGGGCUGAGACCCCAAUUGAGGAAUCAGUGUGCAGUGCGCCCGUACCGAUGCCGAGGGCGGUAAUCGAACCCGCGCCCGACGCCUCGGACAGCGACUCUGAAAGCACGUGCUGGAGCUACAAGGACUGCGGGCCGGUGCCGACGUGCGGGCAGCGGUACGCGCCGCUGUGGUACCACUCGAGCGGGUUCCACAACUCGGACGAGAUCCUGCGGCGAGUGCUGACGCAGCACCACGCGGCGGUGUGCCGGCUAGAGUACGACACCGUCGGCGAGUUCGCUAGCGAGCGCCACGGCGUCUACUCAGCGGACAGGUGCGGCUCAGCCGGCUCAGUCGACGGUAUGACGCCGGACGCGGCGGACGACGGCUACGAGCCGGUGCGCGCGACCGACGAGAACAUCUACGAGGAGAUUGAGUACGGCUGCUACACCGACGAGGGGUGCUCUUGCGGCGGCAGCGCCCUCGAGAGCUGCUCCGUCAGCGCGUCCUCCGAGGGCGUCGGCCGCGAGAGCCCCCUCUACGCGAACCUGAGGGACCACGACGCCUACGCGGUGCCCCCCGACGUGAUCUACUGGAAGAACCUCCUAGCGGACCCGUUCUACAACGAGGAUGAAGAAGACGAGUGGAUCACCCCCGAGGAGUGCGCGGUGUACAGCCGCGAGCGCAGGCCGCCGCUGGUGAUACCGCGGAUCACGCAGUACCGCGCUCCCAGGCGCGAGAUCAGGCCGCAGAACUUCAGCGGGCAGGGGUACGAGGAAUCCGCAAAAGAAUGGAGCCCUGCGUCAGACCGUGGCAGCCACCUGGACCGAGGGUACGGCAAGGUCACAGCCGACAGUCCGCCCUUCGUGAGGAUCAACAAGAAAUUAGGUGGCUCCACGGAGAACCUGAUCGUGGCCAAUCUGCGCCCGAACCAUCUGCACCUGCCGGCGUCUUCCUCUGGCGACAGCCUGGACGUUGAGGUCAGGGAACGGGAGCCAGCAUAUGCCAGGAGCAGGAAGUCCAGGUCGAUGGUGGCGCACAAGCGGUCGCCUGUCCCGGCGCCGAGGAGGGUGCUUCCGCAGCCGGAGGCUUACGAGAGGACGGAAGCGGCGCAGACCGCCAGCCAAGUUGUGGACGAGAGGCUGCUGAAGCGGACGAAGUACUCUGAGAGCGGGAAGAAAAGCAAGAAGAACUGGACCGACUGCUACAUGGUGCUGACGAACACCGCGCUCUACUUCUACAAGGACCAGAGGACCUACCAGGCAACUAAGAUGCGCAAGCCGGGAACACCACCCAGUCCGACGGCGCCCCGAGCUGAGCUGAUACUUCCUCUGCGCAACGCUCACGUGCUGCCGUGCAUCCAGAGCCACACCAGAAGGUACAGCCGCUCCUUUAUGCUGACCGUUGGCUACGACACCUACCUGCUGCAGGACGAGACCGAUGAUAAGGCUAAAGGUCUUCUCAAGCUCAUACAGAACAUCAUAUACAAGCUGGGUCCGCCGACCCUGGACGAGUAUCCAGUGCCGCAGCAGAGCAGCAACACGGACCUCGAGAGCCUCGGCAGGACGCCACCAGCCGCCCGCCACACGCCGCGAAACAAGCACAAAGGUACGUCACCACACCACCACCACCACCACCACCACCCACAUCCCCCACAGACCGAACGUAUAAUCAAGAUCGCAUCAUCAGCUCGAAUGCAACGGACAAGUGCCCGCCCACUGUUCGCGCGCGUCGCACGUGCAGUAAGGCAUGAUGCGUCCAAAACUGUACGGACACCCCGCCGCGGGACUUUGAACCUUGUCGCCGUGCAAAUGGAACACGAAAUCGUGCACGUCGUCUCGGAGUUCUGGCACGCCGGCUCCGGGCCGAUGCCUGACAGGCCCAAGAAGAGCCCGACGCAGAAGCAGCACUCCAAGAUCAAACAGUUCUUCGGGUCGCACACCAAUCUAAAACCCGGUGGGAGUAGCAACGAGGAUCUCAGUGACUCCACUGAGGUCUCCACACAGAAAUCUCAAGUGACUAAAGUCCUGAGGAAAUUCUUCCCGAAGCGGCCCACGAUGGAGGACCUCGUGAAGAAGGGAAUCUACAAAGAUGAGCCAGUUUUCGGGCGCAAGCUGGAGGAGGUGUGCUCGGAGACCAGCCCCAGGGUCCCGGACUUCGUGCGGGCCUGCGUGAAGGAGAUAGAGAGCAGCGAGGAGAAUAUGUGCACGGAUGGAUUGUACCGAGCCAGUGGCAAUCUGAGCCAAGUGCAGAAGAUACGACUAGAGAUCGACCAGAAGAACCAGUCGGUGAUAGCGAACAACACGGACAUACACGUGCUGACCGGCGCCCUCAAGCUGUUCUUCCGCGAGCUGAAGGAACCGCUCAUACCCUGCACCAAGUUCGACAGGGUCCUCGCCGCUUGUUCAAUAAAGCCAAGGGAAGCGAGGAUCAAGGAGUUUAGGGAGAUCAUUCAAUCGCUGCCAGAAUGCAAUCGAGACACGCUUAAGUUCCUACUGGAGCAUCUGCUCAGGGUUACGCAGUACAGCGAGCGGAACAGGAUGCACACGGCGAACCUCGCGAUAGUGUUCGGGCCGACGCUACUUUGGGCGCCCGCCGAGCAGGCGCACAACAUCGCCAUCGACUGCAUCCAGCAGAACAACGUGGUGGACAUACUGCUCAACGACUACGACGACAUCUUCGAGCCCAAGAAGAAGGCG